AUGGCGACGACGGUAGGAAGAAACAUAGCAGCACCAUUGCUGUUCUUGAAUCUGAUUAUGUACCUUAUCGUACUCGGUUUCUCAAGUUGGUGUCUCAAUAGGUACAUCAACGGCCAAACUCAUCACCCAAGCUUCGGAGGUAACGGAGCAACUCCCUUCUUCUUGACGUUUUCCAUUUUAGCAGCUGUUAUAGGAGUAGCGUCGAAGUUGGCCGGAGCUAACCAUAUUAGGUUUUGGAGGAACGAUAGUCUCGCAGCCGCUGGCUCUUCCUCUAUCGUUGCAUGGGCAGUCACCGCUCUUGCCAUGGGCUUGGCAUGCAAGCAAAUAAACAUAGGAGGAUGGAGAGGAUGGAGACUGAAGAUGAUUGAAGCUUUCGUUAUAAUUCUGACGUUUACUCAAUUGCUCUACCUCUUGUUGAUCCAUGCCGGUGCAUUCAGCAGCAAGUACGGUCCUGGGUACAGAGACAGUGACUACGCUACAGGUCAAGGUCAUCAUCAUGUGCCAGGCACUCAUGCUGGAGAGCACAAGGCUGGUGUUGGAACCACCAUGGCUGUUUAG